AAAUGCUUUAUUUUUUGAUUCGAAACAAAAACCGGCUUUUAUUGAUCCAUGGGUACAUACACGAACGCCUUCUUUGAGACUGAGAUUGAGACUGAAGACUGAGACUGAGACUGAGACCUUUCAUUUGACUCCAUUCAUGGCUUUGAGGUGACCCAAUUAUCAUCAUGCCUUCUCUUACCCCUUCUCUUUCUCGUUUAUACCAAAUACCCAUUUCAAUCUCCAGUUCCAAAUUUAUUUACCAUCGCAUUUUUGCUGAAUCCCACUGAAAAUCCAGGGUUUUGGAGCACAAAUUACUUGAAUUUGGGGAUUUGUGGAGACGAUGCUGAAGUCAGAAUCACUGGGAAUAAGUCCAUUGGUUGAUUGAAGUUCAUCCAAAGACAGUUGACGAUGGAAAACGGUGAGUGCUCCUUUAUUGCUAGUUCAACAAAGUAUAAGAGGCGUAAAGUUUCUGCAAUUCGAGAUUUUCCACAAGGGUGUGGAAACUUUGUCCAACAGGUUAGCUUGAGUCAAACUGAAGAAACAGAGGCAACUUGUUCUGAUACCCUUAAGAAUUCAAGUUGUAAGGAAGGAAAUAGUGAUGACUCAAAGAAUAUAACUCUUGAUUUGGCGAAGGAUUUGCAUCAGUUAGGCAUUUCUAUUCUGAAGGAAGAGAAGGGUCCUGUUCUUUUGGAUAAUAACUCUCUGUUACCGACUGGAAAAAACGACAUAGCUUAUCCCAAUUCGCAUGUUAAUGAGAAUUGUAAAGAAGGAAGUAGUGAUGGCCUAAAUAAUGGAGCUUCUGAUUUAGCAAAAGAUUUACAUCAUGUGGGUGUUGCUACUCCGAUGGAAGAUACUGGUUUAGUUCAUUUCGAUGAUAACUUUAUGCUACCAAUUGAAAACACAGACACAACUUGUACAGAUACUCUUCCGAAAUCCAAGUGUAAGGAAGCAAGCACUGAUGACCAAAAGAAUGAAACUUCUGAUUUGGUGAAAGAUUUGCAUCUGGUGGGUAAUACUACUCCAAAGAAAUAUUCAAGUCCUGUUCGUUUGGAUGGUAACUCUCUUUUAGCUACUGAAAACAUAGACACAACUUGUAUGGAUACUUUGUUGGAUUCAAAUUGUAAGGAAGGAAGCAGCGAUGGCCUAAAGAAUGGAACAUCUGAUUUGGCAAAAGGUUUGCAUCUGGUGGAUGUUGCUACUUCAAAAGAAGAGAUGGGUCCUAUUCUUUUGGAUGAUCAUUUAACCUUACAAAUGAAUGGGUCAAGUUCUGUCUCUAAUGUAAAUGGUUUUGAGAAAAUCCUGUCUAGGAAUUAUCCUCCUCGGAGGAGAGUUUCAGCCAUCCGAGACUUCCCUAAAUUUUGUGGAAUAAAUGCUUCUCCUCAUAGUAAGGAGAAGCCAUUGGAAGAGCUUGCUUCUUUGGAAAACAAAAAUUCUCAAGAGAAGUCUGGAUUUGAAACUAAUGAAAAAGUUCUAUCAGAGACAGUGAAGCAAACUGCAGGUACAGCAGGGGAUGCUGUAGAUGGAGAUUUGUUUAGAAGUAAAUUGGUUUCGAAUGAUAUGAAAGUAACUAGGGACACAAUUCAACAUAAAGAUUCUGUAGAUGUGCUAUCUUCUGUGAAGAACCUAAGUUCUUGUCAAGAGGCAUGUGACCCAGAAAUGGAUGAUAAAUUCUUGACACAGAUAGUUAAUGCUGCUGUGACCACUGCUUUGAAAGUUGGAGGUGAGGACUUGGCACAUGGAGAUUCUUACAAUAUAGAAUUGGAAAGGAGUGGUUCUAAAGUGGCCAGAAAUGAGGUUAGACCUGAACGAGAGAGGAGUGCUGUAAAAGAAAAGAGGAAGAAGGAUGAAUGUGUAGUAUCAUCUGAGAGGACGGUGGAAAAAGAGAAAAAGGAAAAUAUUAACGAGGCUCCUUUUGAAGAAGCGUUAUACUGGUGGGACCAUGAGUUUGAGACAGUGCUUGGGAAAGACGACAGUGAUGCUGAAGGUUCAGAAGAAAACUUGUGUCAGGAGAUGGUUGUUUACUCUGUAGGCAAAACUCCAAAUGAAAUGCUUUCAGUUACUUCUAAGAAUCAGUUGCUAGCAGUAAAUCUUGCAUCAGACAGGAUGAUAGUGCAAGGUUUGAUGGCUGCAUCACAAUGUCCUUGGAGGCAGGGAAAGAGUUCUGGCAUGUCAAAGCCUGCUGGUAUGAGUGGAAUUAAACGGAAGAAAAUUGAUUACACAAGUCAGGUAGAAAGAUCUAAAAUGAAGAGUGCUGCCAAGACAAGGGUUGAUGAAAAUGACUUGAAAGGAAAGCCUGUAAAGAUGGUCUCUCCAGAGUCCCCUUGUCAAGGGACAGAUCAGCUGGUUAUUUGGGAUGAGGAAAAUUCGCAUGAGCUUGAUGAGCCCGAUCUUCAUGUGACUCCAAGGUCACGUGGUGUUCAUGUAUUUGUUCCUCCUCUUCAUCAUGGUACUUCAAGUAGUAAAGAUCAUGAUAUUAAUGCAACUGUUACCCGAAAUAAAGUAAGGGAGACUUUGCGUCUGUUCCAAGCUGUUUGUCGGAAGCUUUUGCAGGAAGAGGAAGCUAAGUCAAAGCAAGGAAAACAGAGUAAGAAGAGGGUUGAUUAUUUAGCUGCAAAGAUUCUCAAAGACAAAGACAAAUGUGUAAACACAGGCAAACAAAUUUUGGGAGCUGUCCCUGGUGUUGAAGUUGGCGACGAGUUCCAGUACAGGUUGGAACUUAAUAUUAUUGGUCUUCAUCGACAGAUUCAAGGUGGAAUAGAUUAUGUAAAGCAUGGUGGAAAGAUCCUUGCGACAAGUAUUGUAGCAUCUGGAGGUUAUUCUGAUGAUUUAGAUAAUUCAGAUGUCUUGGUUUACACAGGUCAAGGAGGAAAUGUGAUGAAUUCAGAUAAAGAACCUGAAGAUCAGAAGCUUGAACGGGGAAAUCUUGCUCUCAAGAAUAGUAUGGAUCAAAAGAAUCCUGUCAGGGUAAUCCGUGGAUGUGAGUCUUCAGAGGGCAAAUCAAGGACUUAUGUAUAUGAUGGGCUUUAUUUGGUGGAAAAGUCUUGGCAAGAGCUGGGGCCACAUGGUAAGCUGGUUUUCAAGUUUCAGCUCGAGAGAAUUCCUGGUCAACCAGAGCUUGCUUGGAAAGAAGUUAAAAAGAGUAAAAAGUUUAAAGUAAGAGAGGGUGUCUGCGUAGAUGACAUUUCAGGAGGGAAGGAGAAAAUUCCAAUAUGUGCUGUGAAUACCAUAAAUGAUGAGAAACCUCCACUAUUUAAAUACACAACUAGUCUGAUAUAUCCUGAUUGGUACCACCCUUCUACUCCUCAGGGUUGUGACUGUAUCUCUGGAUGCUCAGAUUCUGAUAAAUGCUCAUGUGCUGUGAAGAAUGGAGGUGAAAUCCCAUUUAACUUUAAUGGUGCUAUUGUCGAAGCCAAGUCCCUUGUAUAUGAGUGUGGUCCUUCUUGCAAGUGCCCUCCUUCUUGUCAUAACAGAGUGAGUCAACAUGGUAUCAAGUUUCAGCUUGAAAUUUUCAAAACCAACAUUAUGGGAUGGGGUGUGAGAUCACUGAACUUCAUUCCGUCAGGAAGUUUUAUAUGUGAAUACAUAGGAGAGCUCCUUAAGGAGAAGGAUGCUGAAGAACGAACUGGUAAUGACGAGUAUCUCUUUGAUAUUGGGAAUAACUACAAUGACAAUUCACUAUGGGGUGGACUUUCGACUCUAAUGCCUGACGUACAUUCGGCAUCCUGCGAAGUUGUGGAGGACGGAUGCUUUACCAUUGAUGCAGCCGAGUAUGGUAAUAUAGGGAGAUUUGUCAAUCAUAGUUGCACCCCAAAUCUUUAUGCCCAAAACGUCCUAUAUGAUCACCAGGACAAAAGAAUUCCGCACAUAAUGCUUUUUGCUGCUGAGAAUAUUCCUCCAUUGAAGGAGUUGACUUAUCAUUACAAUUAUACAGUAGAUGAGGUUCGUGAUUCAAAUGGUAACAUUAAGAAGAAAAGUUGCUUUUGUGGUUCUCCUGAAUGCUCCGGUAGGCUGUAUUGAAAAGAAACUAGGUGGGAAAGGGUAGGAAUUUUGUAUCACUUACUACAAGCAUUUUGACAUUAAAUUGCUUAUACAGAGAUUGUGGAAGAAGACUAGUCUUUUUUGAAUGUUGUAUAUACCCUUGUUGGUAUCUUGUAGGAGCACCAACCUUAAAAACAAAAUAACCCAGUAGAGUAGUACUGCUCAUUUGUUGUUUGACAGUCUCUCACUCUCCCCGCACCUCUCUUGGGCUUGGCUAUGUUGCUGCAUAUCUCACUUGUUGCGUGAAAUGACAGCAGUCUUAAAGUGGCUUUGGUUUACGAUACCUCUUAAGUCUAAAAUGUAAGAUUCUAUCAAAAUGAUUUGCAUAGAUUUUUUUUUUACCCUGAAUGCAUAGUAUGAGAAUUUCUCUGUUAGACAGCCCAACUGUUAUUAAUUAAACAAUUUUGUUUGACGUGAA